CGAUAUUCUCUAUUGUUGUCAGAAAAAACUUGUCAGCGUGCGAUAAUUACGGCGUGAUAAGGAGGCUUGUUUUCGAUCGCUUUACACCCGCGAAUAAGUUUUCCCUCUGUCCUUUUACACUACGCACGAUUCGCUGGAACGUGGUAUCGUUACGAUUCAUGUAUUAUGUUUGACUGUCAAUUAUUCGUUGAAAUACAAAAGUUUGUGAGGUUAAUAGGCGAGUUUGACAAGCGACCCGACGACAUUACGCGAUAUUGAACUGUGAUGCAAGAUGGCUGCUGACACUACGUUCGUCGAUCGUGGACUAUCCGAAAUUAUUAGAAUUGCUACAGAAAAUACGAAUUUUCAUGGCCAACGUCUCGAAAGUUGUUUAACCGAGAAGAAUGGAGGAAAAGGCUGAGCUUCUGAGAUGUCUCGAGGAAAAAAUAGACAGUGGCAAAGCCACGAUAGAUCGACUGAAACUCAUGGGAAAGAUUGACGGGAUUGAGAAACUUAUGCGAAAGAUUCAACAAGAAAUUAGAUUUUUAGAAAAGGUACAAUCUACAGGGAAUGUAAAGAAAGAACAUCUGCAGAGCACAAAUUUGAUUCAUUUGAAUGCAAUUGUAGCACGAUUGUUUUGUACCAAUGAGCCUACCAAUGUUAUGAAACCGUUCAAAUACCAGAAGUCACGCUUAGAAGUAGAUAUAGUAUGCAACGGGGGUGCAUCUUGGGUAAAAGUUAUUGCUAGAAAUGCUAGAGCUCUUACGUUGAUUUCAAUGGGUGAUGGAGAAUAUGGGCAAAAAUCUGUGCUUGAUCAGGCUAGCAGUUAUUUGCAAUGUGCAAAGUGUUAUCCACAUUUGUAUAGGCCACCCGAUGUUGUAUUCCAUUUUGCUUAUGGCAUUGAAAUACCAUUAGCUACACGUUUAGAACGCAUGGGAGUCAUUGUUGAGGGAGAUAAGAUGCGAUGUGAGGAUACAAAGAACGUAGAUAUACAUGAUAGCGAGGACAAAUGUUCUACAUGGAUGUAUUCGUUAGAAUCUACGGAGGAACCUUUGGAAGAAUAUGAGGAAGGUGUAAAUUCAGAUCUAGAUAUUUUAAAUACCUCUUCCCUGAAAACAGAGAUAAAACUUCUUAACUUGGAUGUGUCAACUCUGUUGGCAUAUGUGACAAACAUGACCAAUGGGUAUGAUUAUUUCGUAUAUCGGGAACCAUUGCUCACGCAACAAGCAGAGAUGGAGAGAAAACAUCCGGUGAAACCAGUUCUAGAAAACUUCUUCAGAGGCAAAGAACUAAUUGUCUCUCAAACUGCUUAUGAUAAUUUUAUGAACAUCGUAGAUGUUAUCGGUGGACCCAAGGAGAUUCUCAGGGCAAAAGAAUUGUUGAACAAAGUUCAGAUUGUCGAUGAUAUACCUACAGGCAGAAUUAUGGAAAAGCUAAGUUUGGGUGGCAAAAUUAAAGAUAGAUCUAGGCUGGUUUUUGCAACGGGGGAAAAUAUGAAAAGCAUUACUGUAUCUGCAAAUGAGGGAUUUGUUAGAGCAGCACGCAUGCAGGGUAUUGAAUGUACAGUCUUUUUGCAUGAACCUAGAUCUCUUUCGGAGAUUAAAGAGGGUUAUGCGACGAAAAUAAGUCCAUCUUGA